AUGGCUUUUGUGCAACACAAAUAUUUUUUUAUUUGUUUUAUUAUUUUUAACAGUUUACAUUCUUUAGUUUUAUCACAAAAUGUACAACGGUUACCAGCUGUGGAAAGACUAACCGACCGCUUCCCUACUACGCUAAUCACCCAAGGGAUGGCUACGUUAUAUGGAGCAUCAAAUAUUCGAUUCAAUGGAUCUUAUGUUGAUAUCCGUUUAGACAAAAGUGGUGGUUCUGGAUUGUUUUCAAAAGACACCUACUACCAUGGGUUCUUUAGUGUUUCGCUAAAGGUGCCCAAAGGGAUUACAUCUGGAGUAGUUCUAGCUUUCUAUCUGUCGAAUUCAGAAGUUUUUCAAAGUAACCAUGAUGAGCUCGACUUUGAAUUGCUUGGACAUGAGAGUAAAAGCCAAUGGGUUCUGCAAACAAAUAUGUACGUAAAUGGAAGUAUCAGAGGACGAGAAGAAAGGAUCCAUCUCUGGUUUAACCCCGCUCACCAUUUUCAUCAAUAUUCCAUUCUCUGGAACCGCCACCAUAUUGUGUUUUUAGUAGACAACAUACCUAUAAGAGAGAUACGUAACGCAGGAUCCAUGGCAUAUGCAUACUCAUUGAAGCCAAUGACGCUUUAUACAACCAUAUGGGAUGGUUCGAAUUGGGCAACAGAUGGAGGAAAGUACCCUACAGACUAUAAAUAUGCACCUUUUGUGGCGUCGUUGGGAGAACUAAAGAUCGAAGGUUGUGUGGUAUCGAGUACAAGCUUGCCGGUAGCUGCAGAUGUUGUAUGUUCAAAUAAUGCAACCAUUUCAAACUUGGAUCAUGUGGAAGGAGCAGGGUAUGCAACACUGUCAAAACAACAGACAACCGCUUUGAAUUGGGUUAAGAGAAAACAUUUGUUUUACUCGUAUUGUAAUGUCAAUGAAAGAACGAAAUAUAGAGAGUGCUAUGGUCACUAA